AUGCAGGAAAAGAUACGGAAGAAGAGAAAUUGCGAUAAGACAGAAACGGCAGGAGCGAAACCUCCGCGAUCGUGGAAAAACGAUAUAAUAUAUAUUUUAGGAGAAGAGAAAUUGUUUCCACGAUCGUUACGGGAAGGAUAUAGCGACGGGGAUGAAAAUCAUGCCACGUGGCCCGCGGGUACUCCAGGAAGAACAAGGGGAGAACUUGGACUAGCAUUACCGGCCCCGGCCCUGGCGAACGUGGAAAAACAAGUAGAGUUGCAACUAUUUCGAUUAUUCCACAAUGAGAAGGGUACUGAAAAUUUUGAAGUUUCUCAAAAGAAGAAACAACACGAGAUUGAAAAAAUUGAGAAAAAGAAAGAGAAAGCUGAGGAGUUACUGAAAGAAAAGAAAAAGGAUGCUGGUAAAUUGGGGAGAGACCUUGCUAAGAUAGAACAGGAUAUUCGAGAGGUGGAAGUGGAAAUUACAAAAAAGAGACCGACUUUUAUCAAAGCCAAAGAACGAGUCGCACAUAUGCAAAAAAAGGUGGAAUCUGCCCGUAAAUCUUUGGCUCAAGCGCGUAUCGCAGACGAGGCUCAUAAAAAAGACAUACACGAACUGCAGGAAGAAUUACGACAAGUAGAGGAAGCUAAAGCUGCUUACGAAGCGAGUAUAGCAGGACAAUCACAAUUGCAAGGAAGGGAUGUGCAAUUGGAAGAUGAACAGGUGCAAGAAUAUAAUCGCUUAAAAGAAGAAGCUGGUAAACAAUCCGCGAGAUAUCUUCAACUUCUUGAUUCAAUCAAUCGCGAACAAAAAUCGGAUCAAGAUAGACUCGACAACGAAGGCAGAAAGAAGACGGAGAUUGAGAAUAAGCAUAAACAGAAGGGUCAUAUGAGAGACGAGGCUCUCAAACGAGUAGAAAAGUUGGAGGAGCAUAUAAGAACGUCGGAGGCUGCGUUAGAAGACCAAAAGAAACUUAGAGCUGAUCUGCAAUCUGAUGUGGGCACAUCAAAAGAUAAGAUUCAAAAUUUACAGCGGGAAUUGGAGAGCAUCUCGGAGCAACUUGGUGAUGCUAAAGUUGAUAAACAUGAAGUAUCCAGAACCAAGAAAAAGACGGAAAUUGUGGAGAAUUUUAAGCGUUUGUUCCCAGGAGUGUAUGAUCGCAUGUAUAACAUGUGCGAACCAAUACACAAACGAUACAAUGUUGCAAUUACAAAAGUACUUGGCAAAUAUAUGGAGGCUAUUGUAGUAGAUACUGAGAAAACGGCCAGACAAUGUAUCCAAUAUUUAAAAGAGCAGUAUCUUGAACCAGAAACAUUUCUUCCACUCGAUUAUAUCCAAGCUAAGCCACUAAAAGAACGUCUUCGUAAUAUACAAGAACCUAAAAAUGUGAAACUGCUAUAUGAUGUAUUGCAUUUUUCUCCAAAGGAUAUUGAUAGAGCAGUCCUUUUUGCAACUAAUAAUGCUCUUGUAUGUGAGACACCAGAAGAUGCAAAUAAAGUAGCAUACGAGAUGGACAAGAAAACUAGAUACGAUUGCGUCGCAUUAGACGGUACGUUUUAUCAAAAAGCGGGAAUAAUAUCUGGUGGCAGUUUGGAUCUUGCAAAGAAAGCGAAGAGAUGGGAUGAAAAACAAAUGUCUCAAUUGAAGGCUCAAAAGGAAAAAUUAACGGAAGAACUGAGAGAAUCAUUGAAAAAAUCGCGCAAAGAAUCUGAAUUGAAUACAGUUGAAUCUCAAAUACGUGGUUUAGAAACUCGUCUAAAAUAUAACAAAAGCGAUUUAUCUGCAACACAAAAACAAAUUACGGAUCUUGAGGUGGAGUUAGAUGGUCUACAAAACGAAUUAAACAUGUUUGGUCCUGCAAUAGCUGCUAUUGAAAAGACCAUGGCUGAAAGGGAUCAAGAAAUACAAAAUAUUAAAGAAAAAAUGAACAAUGUUGAAGAUGAUGUAUUUGCUAGUUUUUGUGAGCAGAUAGGAGUUUCAAAUAUCCGUCAAUAUGAAGAAAGAGAAUUGAGAUCACAACAAGAAAGAGCAAAGAAGCGAUUGGAGUUCGACAAUCAAUGCAAUCGUAUUUAUAAUCAAUUAGAUUUUGAGAAGCAACGCGACACAGAAAGCAAUGUUUUGCGAUGGGAACGGGCGGUUCAAGAUGCAGAAGAUAAGCUUGAAUCCGCAAAGCAAACAGAACUGAAUCAAAAAGCGGAAAUCGACCAUGACGAGCAGCAAAUGGAGCAGUUAAAAUCAUCUCGUAAUGCUAAGAAGAUGGAGGUCGAUCAGAAGGACGAUGAAAUCGGUAAAGCGAGACGUGAAGUAGGAGCAAUCGCGAAAGAUAUUCAAGCAGCUCAGAAGCAGCUUAACGCGAUUGAAACAAAAAUUGAACAGAAAAAAGCCGAACGACAUGCUAUUCUCAUGCAAUGCAAGAUGGAAGAUAUUGCAAUACCUAUGUUGCAUGGAAAUAUGGAAGAUAUAGCAGGUGAAACAAGUACGACAAAUGGUAAUGAAACCAAUACUGAUUCGUCAAUUAGCACACAGCAACAAUACGAACGUGAAAGGAGGAUUACUAUAGAUUAUGCACUUUUGCCGGAAAAUUUGAAGGAUAUUGAGGAAGAAGAUAUAAAAAAGACAACUGAUAAGUUAACGAAAAUAAUCAAUGAUUUGCAAAAUACAAUACAACGCAUACAAGCUCCAAAUAUGAAGGCAAUUCAAAAAUUAUACUUGGCAAAGGAAAAGCUACAAGAAACUAAUGAAGAGUUUGAACAAUCUCGCAAGAAGGCAAAGAAAGCAAAAACACACUUCGAGAAAAUAAAAAAAGAACGACAUGAUAGAUUCAUGGCGUGUUUCGAACAUGUAGCGAAUGAGAUUGACCCUAUUUAUAAAAGUCUAGCAAAGAAUCAAUCUGCACAAGCAUUCCUUGGACCAGAAAAUCCUGAAGAACCUUACUUGGAUGGCAUUAAUUAUAAUUGUGUGGCUCCAGGCAAACGCUUUCAACCUAUGUCCAAUCUAUCUGGUGGAGAAAAAACAGUCGCGGCAUUAGCUCUGUUAUUUGCAAUUCACAGCUUCCAGCCUGCGCCAUUUUUUGUCUUGGACGAAAUCGAUGCGGCUCUCGAUAAUACUAACAUAGGAAAAGUGGCGAGUUACAUUCGUGACAAAACGACUUCACUGCAGACGAUCGUUAUAUCAUUGAAAGAGGAAUUUUAUUCGCACGCAGAUGCGCUUAUUGGAAUUUGUCCAGACGUAGGCGAAUGUUUGGAAAGCAAAGUGUUAACACUCGAUUUAACUACAUAUCCUACGCACAUUAAUUAACUCAUAAACAGUUAUUAAUUUAAGAAAGAUUGUUGUUGUCUUUUUUUUAUACUUUGUGAUGGAUGACCUUUAAUUGUGUUGUGGGAGAAAAAUGAAUAUUAAUACGCAAAAUGCUAAUUAUUAUUAUUGUAUUUCUAGAUUUAUUUUAUUCACGUUCUUGAUACUGUUUUGAGAUCACUGCAAAACCAUAGUAUCAUACUUUUAAUAGAUUAGGUAAUAUCUUUUUUUCAAUGUAAAUCAGGAUAGGAGUGAGAGUAAUUGCAAAUAUGACAAUUAUAACUUAUGUUGUGAUUAAUGUAAAUAACUUUUAAAAAAACUUGACUUUAAUAAAAUCUUGCGAAUGAAGUU